UUGAGGGCGGGCCGAGGGGGAAAAAAAUUACCCCCAGGGAGGGUCCGUGGGUCUGAUUGUGUUGCUCUGAUGGAGCCCCCUUUGAGCAAGAGGAACCCGCCCGCGCCGAGAUUAGCGGAUCCGGCCGCGGCUCGCGCUUGGCCGCUGCAGAACAUGACAGGCUUCCCGGCGCUGGCCAGCGCGCCCGCCCACUCCCGGGUCCGCGCCGCGGCCGCGCACCUCCGCCCGCGGGAUCCGGGCACUGACCCCGGCGUGGCCCGCGCUCCGCUCAGACCGGAGCACAUGGCCCAGGCGAGCGCGCCUGACCCCAGCCCUCCCUCCCAGGCUCUCUCCGCGCCGCCCGAGUCCCCGGCGGCCGCCGCCCGCGCCGCCGCCUCGGCCGUGCACCCCGGCGCCCGCACCGCCCCCGGCGGGCCGUCCCCCGCGCCCCCGCCCCCAGCCCCUCCUCCUCCUCCCCCCUCCCCUUCGCCCCCUCCUCCUCCCCCUCCUCCCCCUCCCCCUCCCCCUCCUUCUCCUGCCCUCUCGGGCUACACCACCACCAACAGUGGCGGCGGCGGCAGCAGCGGCAAAGGCCACAGCAGGGACUUCGUCCUCCGGAGGGACCUUUCCGCCACGGCCCCCGCGGCGGCCAUGCACGGGGCCCCGCUCGGAGGGGAGCCGCGCUCGGGCCCCGGCUCCCCCCAGCACCCGGCCCCGCCUCCCGCCUCGGGCGGCAUGUUCAUCUCGGCCAGCGGCACCUACGCGGGCCCGGACGGCGGCGGCGGCGGCGGCGGGGGCCCGGCGCUCUUCCCCUCGCUGCACGAGCCGCCGGGAGGCUCCGGCGGCCACCCGCACCCGCUCAACGGCCAGAUGCGCCUGGGGCUAGCGGCUGCCGCUGCGGCGGCAGCGGCGGCUGAGCUGUACGGCCGCGCCGAGCCGCCUUUUGCGCCGCGCUCGGGGGACGCGCACUACGGGGCGGUGGCGGCCGCGGCGGCCGCCGCCCUGCACGGCUACGGAGCCGUGAACUUAAACCUGAACCUGGCCGCGGCGGCCGCGGCGGCGGCGGCGGCGGCCGCAGCCACCGGACCGGGGCCCCACCUGCAACACCACGCGCCGCCCCCGGCGCCGCCGCCGCCGCCGGCGCCCGCGCAGCAGCCCCCCCACCUCCCGGGGGCGGCCGGGGCCUUCCUGCGCUACAUGCGGCAGCCAAUCAAGCAGGAGCUGAUCUGCAAGUGGAUCGACCCCGAGGAGCUGGCCGGGCCGCCGCCGCCGCCCCCGGCCGGCGGCUCCAAGCCCUGCUCUAAAACUUUCGGCACCAUGCACGAGCUGGUGAACCACGUCACCGUGGAGCACGUGGGCGGCCCCGAGCAGAGCAGCCACGUCUGCUUCUGGGAGGACUGUCCGCGCGAGGGCAAGCCCUUCAAGGCCAAAUACAAGCUCAUCAACCACAUCCGCGUACACACCGGCGAGAAGCCCUUUCCCUGCCCCUUCCCGGGCUGCGGCAAGGUCUUCGCGCGCUCCGAGAACCUCAAGAUCCACAAGCGCACUCAUACAGGGGAAAAGCCUUUCAAAUGUGAAUUUGAUGGCUGUGACAGGAAGUUUGCCAACAGCAGCGAUCGGAAGAAACAUUCCCACGUCCACACCAGCGACAAGCCCUACUACUGCAAGGUCCGGGGCUGUGACAAGUCUUACACCCACCCGAGCUCCCUGAGGAAGCACAUGAAGAUCCACUGCAAGUCCCCGCCGCCUUCUCCAGGAGCCCUGGGCUACUCAUCAGUGGGGACUCCAGUGGGCGCCCCCGUGUCCCCUGUGCUAGACCCCACCAGGAGUCGCUCGAGCACUCUGUCCCCUCAGGUGACCAACCUCAAUGAGUGGUACGUAUGCCAGGCCGGCGGGGCCCCUAGCCACCUGCACGCCCCUUCUAGCAAUGGAACCACUUCCGAGUCUGACGACGAGGACAUGUAUGCGAACCCUGAAGUCGUGCGGACGAUACAUUAG